AUGUUUUUUAUCAAUGGGACAGCUACUGGUGUUAAGGGACAUGAGCUCAUCUCUUCCAACUUACCCUUCAUUCCCCUACUACGACUCGAUGAUGACUGUUCUGCAAAAAGCAUUUCUUGUUCGCUGGACGCUUCCUACCUAGGAGGUGGAUUGGGGUGA